AUGGAAAAUGUGCGGAAAUCAACGAGACGUCGAUGGUUCUCGAAUUCGAGAUUGGUAACAGAUACCCAGGAACCACAAGACAGAAAACUGUGUGUCUCAGAAGACGACAAAGGCUACAAAAUUUACAAAUGUCGCCAAUGGGAUGAACGAUUUGAAGUGGAAGUAACAACAAUGACAGCCCAGGGAAAGAACAUGAAAGAGAAGGUAAUUGCGUUAAAGCCCACAAUUCUGUUCAACAUGAAAGGGAUGAGAAUCACUCUUAAUACGGUCACCAUACCGCCUACACCUGAGCUUACAUCCACGUUCAUAAGUGAUGGAUCACAAAUCGCCUCAUGGAGAUAUGAUACAGCAACUUCACUAGUCUGUGACUCCGAGGAAGCGGCGAUUACCAUGAAUUGUUCAAUGAAUUCGAUCUGCGUCUGCGAGCCAGCAGAGAGCACAGUAAACUGCGCCUGCAACAACAUAAAUAUCACAAAAAUCUUCAAGACAGAAGUGGAGAAUCGCCUUCCAGCAAGAAGACCAUGGAUAAAUUCAGCAGCAGUUCGUCACGAUCCCUCGACAUUGUCAGCACCUAUACCUUCAUUUUUGACAGCAGAACUUCUUGUUCACGUCAUAGACAAGUUCGACAAGACAGUCAUCAAACUUACCGGGUUUAGGUGCAAAGUGAGAAAUGCAAUGGUUCAAGGAUGUUACAACUGCCCAUAA